AUGAACCCACUGUGGGCGACUGGUUUCGAGGCCACACACCCACCGCUCCUCAAGUUCGUGGCUAUAUAUGGGGUCUCUUCCCUUUUCUUCAUUGAAUUGGGCAUUACUGUUGGUGCCGUGGUCAUUCCACAGGGCAUGGCAUAUGCUGAGCUAGCCAAGCUACCCCCAGAGUACGGUCUGUACUCUUCGUUCAUGGGGGUCUUGAUCUAUUGGUUCUUUGCAACCUCUAAAGACAUCACUAUUGGUCCUGUGGCGGUCAUGUCUACACUCAUGGGCUCAAUCAUCAGGGUUCAAGCUGUUCGCCCCGAAAUACCUCCACCGGUCCUUGCUUCCGCUCUGGCAAUCAUUUGCGGUGCGAUCAUAUUGUUCCUCGGGUUGCUUCGUCUUGGCUUCAUCGUCGACUUUAUCCCUCUUCCUGCAAUCUCUGCUUUCAUGUCUGGGUCUGCGAUCAAUGUCUGUGCUGGCCAAUUGAAGACAGACCUCGGAGAGAAAGCGCAUUUCUCUACGCGUGGGGCAACCUACAAGAUCAUCAUUGAUACGCUGAAACAUCUUCCAUCUGCUCAGAUGGAGGCUGCUAUGGGCCUGACAGCUCUGGCAAUGCUAUAUGGCAUACGGUCUGCUUUUCAUCGACGCCAUCACCCUGCCUUCAAACUACUCGGUUAUGUUCCCCGGGGGUUCAAGGCUGCAGGAGUUCCUAAAAUAGAUGUUCCAAUUAUCAAGGCGUUUGUUGGCGAGCUCCCUGCUGCUGUGAUUGUCUUAUUGAUUGAGCACAUUGCUAUCUCGAAAUCAUUCGGUCGUGUCAACAAUUAUACGAUCGACCCGUCGCAGGAAUUUAUUGCGAUUGGCAUAGCAAACCUAUUAGGUCCGUUCUUGGGUGGAUACCCAGCUACAGGCUCAUUCUCGCGAACUGCUAUCAAAGCAAAGUGCGGCGUACGCACUCCCCUCGCAGGUGUGAUCACUGCUGUUGUCGUCCUUCUUGCCAUUUAUGCGCUGCCAGCGUUGUUUUUCUUCAUUCCCAAAUCGUCCUUGUCAGCCGUGAUCAUCCACGCAGUGGGUGAUCUCGUUACACCGCCUCAUAUCACGUAUCAGUUCUGGCGUGUAUCUCCAAUUGACGCACUCAUCUUCUUCAUGGGCGUUAUCGUAAUCAUAUUCUCAACUAUCGAGACCGGAAUUUACUGUACAAUCGGCGUGUCAUUGGCAGUACUCCUCUUCCGACUCGCCAAAGCCCGAGGCCAAUUCCUUGGCUACGUCCAGGUCCAUUCAGUCGUGGGUGACCAUAUCCUCAAAGGGGACCCAAGCACAGAAUUCGAAGAUGACACCGACAUGUCCCGAAGAGUCUACCUCCCAACCGAACACGAAGGUGGCACAAACCCCCGAAUCAAGAUCCAUCAACCAGCCCCAGGAAUCUUCAUCUACAGAGUCUCCGAAGGCUUCAACUACCCCAAUGCAAACCACUACACAGACCUUCUAGUCAGCCACAUAUUCAAAGAAACCCGGCGCACAAACCCGCAAGCAUGGGAGACACCAGGCGACAGACCCUGGAACGACCCGGGUCCAACCCGUGCCGAACGCAAAAUUCUCCUAGCGGAGGAAGCACCCACCUCCCCACUCCCAACUCUCCGUGCCAUAAUCCUCAACCUUGCAGCCGUCAACAAUGUAGACGUCACAUCCGUGCAGAACCUCAUUGAUGUCCGCAACCAGCUAGACCGCUGGGCAUCCCCAGACAGCGUGCAGUGGCACUUCGCGCAUAUCCAGAAUAGAUGGACGAAGCGUGCUCUCGCAGCCGUUGGUUUCGGCUUCCCCGCCGUCUCGGAUGAAUCAGGUUCUCGAUUGCAGAGGUCGAUCUUUCACGUUGCGGAGAUCCUGGAUGGCAGUCUACCCGGUUCGGAAGCUCAGUCUCAGGUCGGAUCGAAGGAGGACUGGUCGAAGGAUGUGGAGGCUGGCCUCAAGGUGCAAGAGAGCGGUGCUUCCUCGUCGGUUAUGGGUGUCUCUGAAGAUGAUAUUCAGGUUGUGCGAACUGGUGAAAGGGAUGCGAAGGUUAAUACUCAUCGUCGACGCGGUCGAUCUGGUGUCGGUACUGGUAUGGCUGUCGUCGAUGGAAUUAAUCAGCCUUUCUUCCAUGUGGACCUGACUAGUGCUCUGAAAAGUGCUGUGGCUGAUGUUUAG